AUGCCUCCAGUCAGUAAGAAAGUACACAUCAACGUAGAUUUGGGAGAAGGCUACGGCAACUUCAAGUGCGGUCCAGAUGAGGAACUCAUCCCCUUGAUCGAUCAUGCCAACAUCGCAUGUGGCUUCCACGCCGGAGAUCCCUUGAUCAUGGCCAACACAGUCAAGCUAUGCAAACAACACAACAUCAAAAUUGGUGCACAUCCUGGCCUUCCAGACAUCCAAGGCUUUGGCAGACGAGAAAUCAAGAUGUCACCUGAAGAACUGACCGCAAUGGUCACUUAUCAAGUCGGUGCCCUCAAGGGAUUCCUAGAUGCUCAAGACGUGCCUCUGCAUCAUGUGAAGCCGCAUGGCAUCUUGUAUGGUAUGAUGUACAGAGACCGCGAAGUAUGCAGAGCCGUCUAUGCCGGCGUCCCAAAGGGUACGCCUGUGUUUGGACUCGCAGGGACUCUACACGAAGAAGUGGCCAAGGAGCUUGGUCUGCCAUUUGUCGCCGAGUUAUAUGGCGACGUCAAGUACUCAAAAGAUGGUACAUUGGUGAUUGAUCGCAAGAAGAAAGCAUGGACGCAAGAAGAGACUGCUCAGCACAUCAAAUCACAACUGGAGAAUUCUUCGGUGACUGCUGUCACAGGAGAGGAUGUUGAAUUGCCUCUGGGCGAUCAUGAAGUGUCUCUCUGUUGUCAUUCAGACAGCCCAGGAGCAGUCGAUAUCGUGUCUGCUGCAAGGAAGAUGGUAGACGAGUUCAACCAAAAGUAUCACAGCUCCGGGUAA